AUGGGGUCGCGAGGAGCGUGGACCGACGACGACGCUCCGCUCCAUGACAGCUUCCACCAGGAGACGAGUCGCCGCUCCAAGAAGGCAAUCUCGAUGGAGCUUGUCCUGGACGACGACGACGACGACAAUGGCAAUGCGAACGAGCCACGCGCGACCGUCAAGACGGACGAUGCGCGGCCAUCGGCGCUCGCGACGCCGGUGGUCGAGACGUCGCAGGAGAACGACGGCGAUGCAGGGUACAUCCACGACCUCAUCCGCGAGUUCUUCCGCGUGCACAACAUCCAGUCCGCGCUGGACGCGUUUGAGCUCGAGCGGCCAUCGCCGCAACAGGCGCCGUCCCACGCGGCAACCGAUGGCGACUUGGGCGUGACAACUGCUGGUGCCCCGACGCGGCUCGAAGCAUUCGUCAUGUCGUGGAACCAGGCCGAGCACGGCCUCGUCCUUGCGCCCACGAAAAAGAAGGCCAAGACACCCGUCAAGAAGAAGAAGGUGCUCUCGAUUGUGACACCCGAGACACCGCUCGACGUCGGUGGAGCUGCGCCCGAGACGCUGGACCUCGGCGUGCCCGGGUGUACGCCCAAGCCGCGCCUUGCAGACCUCCAGAGUUUUGGCUUUGACGACGUGGAGGAGCAACCGGCGCCGACGACGGCGACGCCUCGGAGCGCCGCGCCCGUGCUGCAGCUCAAGGGCCUUCGCGACGCAAAGCGCGUGACGCUGGGCGACGAGGGCAGCACGCCCAAGAAAGAGUACAUCUUUUACCGCGAGACGCCCCCCUCGUUUGUGACCGAGACGGAGGAGGCGGCGCGCGAGGUCAUGGAGAAGCUGUCGCUCGACCCCGAGUACGACCUGCGGCCCGAGGCGCCGCCGCGCUUUGUCGAGCUCGCGAGCAGCGACGUGAGCAAGUACGACAUUGGGAAGCGCGUCGAGGGCCUCGGCGCCAACCGCGACGUCUCGGGCGUCAUCACCGAGAAGCACGGGAGCAAGCUCUGCGGCUCGAGCGGCCCCGGCACGAUCCUCAUCGACACCUCGUGCUAA